AUGGGACAGAGGGGGAGUCUCAUACGUCUCAAUGACAGCAGCUCUAAUGCGAGCUCGGAUAAGGGCGGCACCGCAGAGUGGGGUAUUUGUCUUUGUGUCACUGAGCCUCGCACUUCUCCAUCUAUCGGACACGUCGUGAAGCUGCAGCUGCCUCUUCCUCAUGCGGUGAUCAGAUGGAGAUUUGGGGGGGGUUGUGUGGAGAGGUGUUGGCGCUCUUGGGAGAGGCGGCCUGGACACCUCUGCAGUAAGGAUAGGCGCUCUUGGGAGAGGCGGCCUAGGCCCUUCUGCAGUCUGCUUUACACUCCUGGGGAUCAGGCGCUCUUGGGAGAGGCUGCCUGCCCAGGUUUGUUCUGA